UACGAUUAUUGUUGAAAGCCAUACAUUUCACUUAUGAUUAAGAGGGCAAAUUUUUUAUAUCCAGACACUUACCAAAAUCAUAAGUUUUGCUUACAGAUAUCAUUGAAUCAAAACUAUAACUAUCGUAUGUUUGCUCUUAUUGAAAUCAGUUACUGAAACUUAUAGAAAUCAAUAUUGGUAAUUAUGAAUAUCAUGUCGCAAGCAAAAUGAUAUUCGUAUUCAUAUAUUGUUGAUUAUUUAUGGCAUAAUUCUGCUCCUACUCAUGUCAUGUGUCUUGAAUUAUACGCGUAAAUAAAAUGAUCGAUAUCUCUUCAUCGACCACAUGGGAUAAAGUGACAAGGAGCAUAUUCAACUGUACUUUCAUAUAAUAAUGCAAGAUUGCAUGAUUUGUUUUCACCACACAAUGCAGUCAAACUUGCUUCUUGUCACUUUUAUGAUUAACGCUAGAUCAAUUAAGAGGAAUCCAUCAUUUUACUUACGUAUAAUUCCAUCGUUGUUGUUGAUUUGGGAGAAUUCAUGGGCACUUAAAUAAAAUCAAUUUGAUUUUGAGUGUCCGACAGCUCCGAAAACUGAUCUGUAAGUAAUGCUUGUUUGUCUAAGACGCAGCAUGCUGGAAUCCAUACCCUCAAUGUAAAGAUUUUCAUAGAUUUUUAUUAUGGUUUUUUCACAAUCAUGUCACUUAUGUGAAUCUUAAGUUGUAGAUAUGGAACGCGUUCGCGACAACUAUGAAAUUAGUAAGCGAGUAAUGAAACAUGAAAAUCGUCCGUUCAUAAGUUGCGACUUAUUCAAUUCCUAAGUAUUUUUGCCUCAGUGCAGCAACCAAACCACCGAAAGCCGACGAAACCGCUCGGUACUCUCACGCGAAUAGCCAUUUCCUUGUGUAAAGCCGAAUGAGCAGCAGUGAAGUUUUUUCGAUCGUUCCGUAAUAAUCAGUGUGAUUGACGAUUAAAAUGGACGGAAAGGACAAAGAUCAACUUAUUACGCGAUUCUGGAAACGGAUGGAUGAAAAGAUUGGCGUCGUUCCUGAGAAUGUGAAAACCGUCGUCAAUCUCCUUGAACUCGUGGGUACCAGUUGGCUUGGCGAUAUUACCGCUGCAGACGUUUCUGAUCUUGAAGAGCAAGUAUGCCGCUUCGGGAAGCACCUCUGCAAGGUAGACGACAAUGACGACGAUGACAUGGAAAACGCUUUAGGAUUUGAAGAUGGGUUGCGAUCGUUCAAAUUUACGAUGAUUGAAAAAAAGUCCCUCGUAGCGGUAGCUGGCGCUGUGAAGCAGUACGGUGUUCACUACUUCACCAAGAUGUGAAAAUUGCAAGGAAAACACUGAGAAAUCUUGACAUUCAUAAGGAUUUAAGCGCCAAAUACUGAGUUGUAUUUUGUAUGUAAGUUCCAAACGAAGUGUUGGCUAUAAUAAAGGCAAAACAAUAGUCUU